GGAACUAAUAGGGGGACGGACCGCGUCACCGGAAGUUGCUCUCUUUGAGAGCCUCGGAGGAGGCGGAAGCGGAGAGAUGGGCCGGAGCCGUUCCAGGUCUCCUCCCCGAAGGGAGCGCCGGCGUUCCAGAUCCGCUUCGCGGGAGAGGAGGCGGCGAGAGCGGUCGCGGUCUCGCGAAAGAGACAGGAGGAGAAGCCGUUCGCGGUCCCCACACAGGCGGCGAUCCAGAUCUCCAAGGCGACAUAGAUCCAGUUCGUCUUCCCCAGUCCGGCCGAAAGAAAGGCGAGAUGAUGAAAAGAAAGAGAACAAAGAGGCCAAAGGCAAAGAGCGUCAGAUCACAGAGGAAGAUUUGGAGGGCAAGACAGAGGAAGAAAUUGAAAUGAUGAAAAUGAUGGGAUUUGCAUCUUUUGACACCACAAAAGGCAAGAAAGUAGAAGGCUCUGUGAAUGCCUAUGCUAUAAAUGUGUCACAGAAGAGGAAGUACAGGCAGUACAUGAACCGGAAAGGUGGAUUCAACCGGCCUCUGGAUUUUAUUGCCUGAUCCCUGCCCACGAAAGAUGAUUCCACCGCUAGUCCCUUAAUUGUCUUAAGAGCAACACCUGCAGCUAAGAGGAUCCCAAUGUCUUCCCACACAAAACGGGGCUCUUGUUUCCAGAGAGUCUGUGAAAGUGACAUUGUCUCGCGGAGUGAGGCGGUAGUAGGUUUGUCUCUCUUUGUUUGCACAGAGCACCCUUUUGAGUUGCUGUGUCUCGUUUUUGUAGGCGUCCCUGUUUUUAAAUAUUGUUGCUUAAAUUAAAAAGGAAAACUUUG